CUACAACGCGACGAGUUUAUUCCAGCGACGUCGUCAGUUUCCGACUGCUGUUGCUUGCUGUGGAGGCAGGCGUCGCUCUGCGUCUCGUUCCUCCCACCUCAAUAUCAUGCGACGCUUAAGCUCCAGAGGAGGUGCGUGUCUCUCCCCCUUGCUGCCACUACUGUGGUGCUAACUGUAUGUGCAGGCGGCAAGAACUUCAGCCUCAAGAGUGAGGAGGACGUGGAGGAGCUCAUGCAGACGCUGGUGGCUCAAAUCCACGCUAAACUCAAGAAUGAGCUCAAUCUACGCGAGAUUUUCAUCCCAAACUCCAAAGCAGAGGCGCGCUGUAGCAUCUUCGUCUCACACAACUACGCGGCGUGUCCAAAACUCUGCAUCUUCAUGCAACCCGGCGAAGGCAUGCAACCGGGUAUGUGGAGUCGCACGAUUCACCCGAAGACAGGGUUUCAAGGCUCCAUGAUCCCGUACUUAAAGACAGCGAUUCAGGGCGGAUAUGGCGUCGUGAUUCUGAAUCCUAGCACCAAUUUCUGCAUGGUAAACGGCCAUCGAGCCAAGAUUCUACACUCAUCUACACCAGAAGCUCAUGUGUCGUACGUGUGGAAGAACUACGUCGUGCCCAAUGCCGCCCAGGAGAUCAGCUUCAUUGUCCACGACAAUGCCGGUGUCUUGUUAAAGACAUUUCUGUCUUCAUUGAGUGGACACGAACAGCAGCGAGUUGGCGGAAUUGCGUUCAUUGAGUCAGCACAUCAAGUCUCAUCAGGAGAUAGCAAUGCGUUGCGUGAAAUGUUGCGUGAAAAAGCUGUCAACUUCGAAGCUUCGACGGAGCCGAUGUUUACAGUGAUUGGGUCGUCCAAAGCGCGACUUGGAUGCACGUCGUUAUCAGUGGGACGCACUUCAGGUGAAGCAAAUAACCGCGAGUGGACUGUACACUCGGUACAGACGUCAGCGUUUGUGUUCCUGCAGUCCAUAGCCAAUGGAAUCGAGGAAUCGCUGCACGCUAUCCGCGCUACGUUCCCCAACAAGCUCAUUGUGACAGUGAACCGUGCACGGCUCACUGGUCAACCCUACAACAACCCGUUUGCAGUGGUGCAGUGCGCUGGACAGAAGAAGGAAACUGUGGGCAGUCAUAAGCACACGAUGGAUCCCGAAUGGAACCAGACGUUCUCCUUUCCUGUCACAUCAAGUGAAGCGAAGGUGGUUAUCAUCGUGAAGGACAGAUCUUUCCCAAUGAACACCUCACUAGGUCAAGUUGUCGUGACUAUGAGUGAAGUGGGGUUGAACCGCGCAGAUCGACGAUGGUUUGCAUUGCGAGACGAAAAGGUGGCAACAUCUCACGGUAACGGAGAAGUGGAGCUGACCCUCGAGUGGGUACACGACACAUUUGUUGCGCGUUCAGACUCGUUUAUCCGUGGCAACCGCAUGCCGACGCUGGAAGCUCAGCAACGUCCUCGUAAUGGCACUGGAGAUGGCGAGAACUGCUGUUAUCUGUGCAAAACCACGUUCGUAUUGCACCGUCGUCGAUACUGUCGAAUGUGUUUACGUCUGGUAUGUACGUCGUGCUCGGAUCGCUUGUUCCUGCCUGGAUUUAGCGAGCCAAAGCGAGUAUGCUCCGGAUGCUGUGAUCUUCAAAUGAUGCUGCAUAAUAAACUGCCUCGUAUGGGAGGUCCUGGAGGUCCAGGCUCUAAGGUUCCUUCACAAGACAAACUGGAUGAACACGCCCAGCGGAUGGAGGCGAUGCGAAAGCGUGAGGAAGCUGAAAAGCGGCCUCUUUCUAUUAACGACUUUGAUCUGCUGAAGGUUGUCGGUCGUGGUGCCUUCGGUAAAGUGCUGCUGGUUCGCAAGAAAGAGGGCAAGAAUUCUGGUCAGAUUUAUGCCAUGAAGAUCCUCGUCAAGUCGCACAUUAUCAAGAACGACCAGAUUGAGAAUACCAAGGCGGAACAACACAUUCUCAAGGAGAUCAGCCACCCGUACGUCGUGCGGCUACGAUACGCCUUCCAGAACGCUGACAAGCUGUAUCUCAUCAUGGACUACUACCCGGGUGGUUCCAUGUUCUACCACUUGCGUAAAUCGAAGCGGUUCUCCGAAGAACGAACACGAUUGUACAUGGCACAGUUGCUGACGGCGCUGAUGCAUCUGCACAGCAAGCAGAUCGCGUACCGUGAUCUGAAACUGGAGAAUAUUCUGAUGGAUCCGAAGGGAAAUAUCGCGUUGACUGACUUCGGUUUAUCAAAAGAAGGUCAGAUGGUCGAAGGCGCGAUUCGAGCGUCUCAGGCAGAUACCGGUAUGAAGACGAUUUGUGGCACAGCAGAGUACAUGGCUCCAGAGCUGCUGCGUCAUCAGCCGUACGGAAAAGUGGUCGACUGGUGGAGUUACGGCAUUUUACUGUUCGAAAUGCUCACAGGACGCACGCCGUUUGUGGAUCGCAAUCGACGGCAAAUGUUCAAGAACAUUAUGCAGUCUGAAGUCAUUUAUCCUUCGCAUAUUUCGCCUGUGGCGCGUUCUCUGAUCUCCAAACUGCUGAAUCGUGAUCCUGCUCGACGUCUUGGAGGCGGCCCCAACGGCGGUCGGGAUAUCAUGGCACACCCGUUCUUCGAGUCGAUUGACUGGGACAAACUGAUGCGGAAGGAGAUCGAACCUCCGUUCGUCCCUGACGUGUCGAGUGUGGACGAUAUCACGAAUGUGCCUGAAAUGUUCCAGAAUAUGGCGGCUGUGGACUCUCCUGUCAACAAGAAGAACGGGGAAGGUCACCACUUCGACGACUUUACGUACCAAGAAGACGGAUACAUUAUGCGUGCCACGCACAACCUAAACCAGCAUCAAUAAGAGAGCUACGCAAUACAUCGCCUGUAUAAUUUGUAUGCUCGUGUUGCGCCGUGGCUUGGACACUCACUCCUUCUUCUUCUUCUUGGUAGAUUUCUCUUCGUUACUGUCUUGACGGGGACGCUUCAGAUGCGGAGGAAGACUUGGCCCGAUGACCACCUCCUCCUUAUCAUCGUCUUCUGUUUGGUCCUUCGCGUUAUCAUCAUCUGCUUCCACAUUUCGUUUAAGAUGUGGUGGUAGUUGCGGUCCAAUUGAAGCAGUUCGCUCGUCGUUAUCGUCAUUGGCUUUAGUCGCAGCAGCAGGAGGUAGCUGUGGCCCAGCCGGACCACGAGCGACUCGAGCACCUUUAUCCGUCGGUGCACUGCGCUGAAGACGACGUUCAUAUUCUUGCAACUGGCGGCGAAAGCUUUCGUUUGGGUUGGCUAUUGGACGACGCUCAGUUACAAAAGCCAACGCCUGCUCGAAGCUCAUGGAACGUAGCUUCAUGAGGUAAGCUACGACCAUGGACGACGAGCGGCUCACUCCUUUGUUGCAGUGCACGAGUAUCCGACCUAUUGUUCAAAUGAAGGAGGGGAAAAUACACAUCACGCGCCGUACUUGGCUAUCGUUAGCAAUUUGACGCCCUUUGAAGUCCCCAUUAUCAAAUGUGAUACCAUAGUAUUUGGCUUGGUCCAUGAAGGCGAUACAGCCUUCCAGCACCCCGGAAAUGUCCUCCGCCUUGUUGUCGAAGAUGGAACAACGUCGGUACGUGAAAACUUUGUCCUUC